AAUGGGACGGGGAGCCGCGAGCAGCACGGUGUAUCGGAGGGACAUGUGCACGGACAUGCUUUGUGCUGUCAUUAUUUAAGGCAUCGCAGUUUGGAGAGUGUGAACCUAAAGGAGAUGCAUUGACGGUUUUUUCUUUCGUUUCCCUGAGCAGCGGUGGGACGGACGGGUUUGUGCCUCACAGCCAUGGCAUGGUUCUGCAUCUUAACUUUGGCCGUCGGUGUUCACGUGAACAAAGUACUGGCCGGGCCACGCUUUUCUCAGGAGCCAGCAGAUCAGUCGGUGGUGUUGGGAGAGCGGGUUGUACUUUCCUGUGUGGUGUUUAACUACACGGGCAUCGUCCAGUGGACCAAAGAUGGGCUUGCUUUGGGCAUUGGAGAGGACCUGCGGGCAUGGCCGCGUUAUCGUGUAUUAAGGAUCAUUGACGUGGGUCAGUAUAACCUGGAGAUUUCGUCGGCCGAGCUGUCAGACGACUCUCUGUAUGAGUGUCAAGCCACUGAAGCGGCUCUGAGAUCCAGACGAGCCAAACUCACCGUCCUCAUUCCCCCGGAUGAUCCGGUGAUAGAAGGAGCGCCAGAGAUUCUGUUGACGGCAGGAAUCUCCUACAACCUUACAUGUGUGUCCCGAGGGGCCAAACCACUGUCGACCAUAGAGUGGUACAAAGAUGGUGUUAUAGUGGAAGGAGCUCAUACUAGUACUGAGGUUUUACCUGACAGGAAGCGAGUAACCACUCGCAGUUUCAUGCCUAUUCAGCCAGUAGACACAGACACCGGACACAACUUUACCUGUGUCGCCUCCAAUCUGGCUGUGCCACUGGGCAAACGAGCCAGUGUCACACUCAACGUGCACCAUGCUCCCACAGUUUUAUUAUCUAUUGAACCUCGCUCAGUUCUAGAGGGAGAAAGGGUAACAUUUACAUGCCAAGCUACAGCCAACCCUCCUAUCAUGGGCUACAGGUGGGCUAAAGGUGGAGUAAUCCUGGAGGGAGCAAGGGAAAGUGUGUUUGUGACUACGGCUGAUCACUCGUUCUUCACCGAGCCUGUUUCCUGCCAGGUGUUCAAUGCUGUGGGCAGCACCAACGUCAGCAUAUUGGUGGAUGUUCACUUUGGUCCGAUCCUGGUAGUGGAACCAAGGCCGGUAACGGUGGAUGUGGACUCUGAUGUAACACUGAACUGUAAAUGGGCAGGGAAUCCUCCUCUUACACUCACCUGGACAAAAAAGGGCUCCAGUAUGGUGCUCAGUAAUAACAAUCAGUUGUAUUUGAAGUCAGUGAGUCAGGCUGAUGCAGGACAGUAUGUGUGUAAAGCCAUCGUACCCAGGAUUGGGGUUGGAGAGACAGAGGUCACACUCACAGUCAAUGGUCCACCAAUUAUUUCAAGUGAACCAGUUCAGUAUGCUGUAAGAGGUGAGAAGGGUGAGAUCAAAUGCUACAUUGCAAGCACACCUCCUCCGGACAAAAUUGUAUGGGCCUGGAAGGAGAAUGUGUGGGAGAAAGACAGAGGCACUCUGUCAGAGCGAUACACAGUAGAGCAGAGCAAGCCAGCAUCAGAAGGGGGCGCUGUGCUCUCCACCCUCACCAUCAAUAAUGUGAUAGAGUCAGACUUUCAAUCAACAUACAACUGCACAGCCUGGAACUCAUUCGGACCAGGAACCAUGAUCAUCACACUGGCGGAGACAGAUAUUGUCCCUGUGGGAAUAAUAGCUGGUGGGACAGUCGGCUCGUCCAUCCUGCUUCUUCUCUUCUUGCUUACCCUGGCCUUCUACCUCUAUCGCCAACGAAAAGCCCGUCGUCGAGGUGUUGCACUAAAGCCUGACAUUAAAGUGGAGACAGUCAACAAGGAGACACCAAGCCUAGAGGAAGACACAGCAAGUGUCUCCACAGCAUCUCGCAUGUUUCUUCCCUCUGUCUCCCUCUCUCCCUCCACUCAGCCUUUCAAGGAGGACACAGAACUGAAGCAGGAGACACGCAGUGAAACACUGGAGACAAAGGAGGAGUACGAGCUGAAGGAUCCAACAAACGGCUAUUACAACGUACGUGCGACGACCCACGAAGAAGGGCGCACCACGGCACGCUACCAGGAAUUCCGCCCACAAAAUCCGGCCGCAGCCUCUACCUCUGCAGCAGGCCCAGCACCAGGUAUUAAUCCCGCUCCCAUCGGCCGCUAUGAACCGCGCCCACCAUCCCGGAUUACUCACAACACCUACGCCCACUUCAGCACCAUCGCCAGAACCAAACAAAGCCAGGGUCCACCGAAAGCAGCGCUUCAGACCACAGAUUAUUCCAGAGAAUGUGGUCUGCUGGAAUCGACCAACCCGCUCACUUAUGACACGUAUGGAUACCAACCCACGGCGCAAUACGCUCAGUACAGGCUUGGUUUCGCUCCGCCGCUUGAGGAAGGACCAGCGUAUGAGAUGUACCCAACAGGACAGGGAGUGGGGCCGAGUCAAGGGGUCGGGCCAGAUGCUGGACUGGGGAAGUACGGGAGCUCGACACGCUUCUCCUAUUCGUCUCCACCUACAGAAUACUCUCAGAGACACACCCAGAGGAUGCAGACACAUGUAUGAGAGUGUACCAGGACAGUAAUACACACACCCACACACAUACAUUCUGUACUUUACUGAGGACUUUAAAUGGUGGUUAAUCAAAUUCUAGAGUCACAGAUUAGUGUAGCUAUCUCAUUCUCUCUCUCUCUUUCACACACACACACACACACACACACACACACACAUACACACACAAAUUGUCUUCAUCCUGUGCCAUUACUAUAGUGCCAAACCAAGAUUAAAUAUAAAAUGCAAAGAGAACAUAUUAAAAGGCUGGAGGGACAUGCUCAUUACUUCUAUACAGUAUAUUCUCUCCUAUCUUCCUCCCUUCCUUUUUCCUAUCAUAUGUAAAUAUACACACAAAAGAAUCGUCAACAGAAACAAGGAUUGUUUCCUGAAGUUGAUACCUGCCCUACUAUAACAAGCGGGAUAGCUGAGAAGAAGCAAUAGGUUUGUCCAUGUAAAGGGGACCCGACCCGACUUCGGGAAUCUGCAGAUGGCACCAGAAAAUGUUGGGAAACGUCUCCAGCCUCAAUUAACCCAGUCUGUGCCAUUGGAUAAUAUGAAGGACAGCGUAUGUGUGUAAAGUGUAUGCUCUAAAGUGCAAAGCCUCAUUGGUGUCAUACCUGCGAGAGUAGCUGAAUGUCAUCAGAUCUGAAAUAUCCGACGGUUAGAUUUUUGCUUGUAGCAAAAGAGCGACCCAUUCCACUGUUGUUGGUAGCCCAUAAAAUGCUGAUGAAAGUCUGCAUAAUUUAUAGUCAUUCUGUCUUAGCAGUAUAUCAAUAACUGGCAGCUAUUGCAAAAAUUGCAUUUUAUAAAAACUUCUAUUGGUGGGUUUCUUGGUAUUUAGACCAAGUGUGAUAGAUUUGGUCCAAAUUUCAUCUGAAGACCAGCUUAUUCCAGCUAUAUGAAUGCAUUAAUAAGAGCAUUUGCACUGCCCUUUUGUGAAGGGAUUUGUGUAGUGUUGAGCAAAAAAAGAAAAGAAAAAAAAAUCGAAUACAGCUGAGCGGUACUCAUCGUCUGGGCCCGCAAACAUUGAAUUACAACGCGAACUUUUGAGACGACACUGCACAUGUGUUUGAGCAGCAGCUUAGUUUCGUUUUGUUCUAGAAGACAAAAGGCAGAGAAAUCCUGUAAGCCUGAUAUUCAUAAACCUUUAUGACUGCACUUUUUGCAAUUUUGGUACCAGUGCAUUAGAAAAUGUAUAACUCACCACAAUACCUCAUAAAGCUUUAAGGAAAUUAAUUAUCUACUUUAUUAGUGACUUAAAGAAGUUGUAAUAUAAAUGACAUAAUUCAUAAUAAUGCACUGUGGUUCAGAGAAUUACUGCCUUGAAUAACUGUUUGCUGUGUACACUGAUCAGCUGUAACAUUAAACCCAUUCUGAACAUUAAAACCAUCUUGGUUUUGGGCUCCGCAGCGGAUUCUGGCAUGUGGUGUGGUGUCUGGCACCAGCACCACCAGCAGAAUUGACAGCAGAUCCUUUGUGUGCUGUGGGAUGUUGGGUGGAUCCCCUGUAGAUUGGACUUGUUUGUCUGCUGCAUCCCGUGGAUGUUUAAUCUGAGUGGGAUCUGGGGAGUUUGGAGGCUGGGUGGGAGGCCUUGGGCUUUUUGCCUCCUGGGCCUCGUGUACAACAGGCUGUGGUGCACUGGGUGUUCCGGUGCCUUUCUAUUAUAGCCAGCAUUGACUUUUUUCAGCAUUCUCUGCUGCAUUGGCUUUUCUGUGGGAUUGCCCUGGACAAGUUGGCUUUUGGUCCACGUUGGUGAGCCGUGGGUGCACAUGAUCCUGGUCACCAGUUUACUGGUAUAUAGCUGGUGAUCACUGAUGUUCAGUUCACCUUGUGUCAUGGCUGAUUGGUGUAUAUAAUGCAUCUGUUAAGAAGAAUUAAACAAAAUGAUGUAAUGAUUUCUUUUAUUUAUAUUACAACUUUAAAGCUGCUACACACCAUGUACAUAGGCAUAUUAAUCAUAUUGAUGCUGUUUAAAUGUCAUUACAAAGCAUUACUUUUACCAAAAUUAGAAAUAACAAAGUACAGUCAUAAAGCUUUAUACAGUACAUCCAGGCUUUAUAUAAAGUGUUACUGGAAAAAAGAAGAAAAAAAAAAAAAAACAAUUUUGAAAUGCUUUUUCAUGCUUGGUACUCAAGAUGUACUAAAAAAAAAAGCAGAAGAGGUGAAGGCCUCACUUCCAUAAAACCUAUAUUGUUUGCUACUGUACUUUUUAUGUCUGUGUGGGCGAGCACACAAUCUCAUAAACGUGGGGAUGUUCCAUAGGGGAACAAUUGAACCUUUUCUAUCUGUACAGUCCCCUUUGUCCUACAUCACAUAUUUGCCCCUGCAAAGUAGAAGAGCGCUUUUUCCACAUUUGUAUCUGAACUUAGAACAUGGCGUUUGAAACCAUUUUUUAUAUUUUUAUACAAAAGAAGAAAAAAAAAACGGAGACCGAACCAACAGUUCAGAAAAUGUGUGGAAAGCCAUUUGUUUUCAAGUUGUUUCUGUGAGCGAUUUGUACUUUUACAAUUCCAUUACCAGGACAGCGUCAACUGAAUAAUAAUUAUAAAAAAAUGCCCAUGUUUAUUUUAAACAUUGAAAAUACACUACUGUAGAAGCUUAUUUAUAAAAUUUACUGUAGCUACGCAUACAUUACAGUGUGCCAUUACUUUUUCUCUCCAGAUUGGUGGGCUAACAUUGCCAUUAGCCAUUAUUGGUACCCUUUUUGUUCGAUCUAAAUAAGAGAUGCAAAUGAAACAUACCAAAUUGUAUCUGUGACAGAAUUAAUCCAUACGCAUUAUAUACAGUAGAUAUUAAUCAGUGAGUUGUUUCCUGACGCAUAUUGUUUAAAUGGAAUUUUAAAAUCUGUCCUUCCAUUAAAUUGUCUUACAUGACAGAUUUGAUAAGUAGGGUAAAGGAUUUAAAAUUUAGCAAGUAAUUGGUUUCAAGAAACAAUACCACCCUGUGAUGGACAGGCAGUUCUUGAUGGGUGAAUUUUCCCACCGCUGUCCCAUUUAAAAUACAGCACUUACUGGAGAUGAAGGAAGGACCGAAUGACUGAAGCGAACAAUUCAACUAAAAUUCCUUUUUGUAGGAAGUUCUGGUUACCACUGAAAUGCUAAAUGAAUUCACUUUCUUUAACAGUACAAAAAUGCCAUUUUGUAUUUAUUGCCACAGAUGUAAACGUAGAUAUCACACUAUGAGUCAGUCUCUUCUCUCUCAUGUCCACAAAUAUAAUGGAUAAUCAGUGAACGAAUGUGCAGUAUUCAUCGUGGAUGUGUCAUAGCGUGAAUGUUGCCUACUCACCUGGUUACUGUAUCUAGCUUACUCCUGUUAUAAAAGCCUAUUUAGUAUUAUUGUGUUUAUAUUGGGUCUUUUACUUGUUCUUGUGAAUUUCAUAAUUUUAUUCAUCUUUUAAAUGUGUAUAAAAAUCUAAAUUUUUAUUAUUCAUAUUUGUCUUAUUCCCUAAUCUUAUUU